UUGAGAUCCUUCGAGAUCAACCCCAAAAUCAUGAGGAGUCUGGGCACCAGGUGCUCUCAGCUGGAGGAGGUCCGGCUGCCGCACACGUGCACGGACGGGUGCGUGGCGGCCCUGCUGCGCCACCUGCCCGCCCUGCGGCGGCUGGAGGCGGUGAACAGCGAGGUGCGCGGCACGGCGUUCUCGCUCCUGCCCGCGUCACUGGAGUCGCUGAACGUGGACGGGUGUGAGGAGCUGCAGUCGGCCUGCCUGCGCCAGCUGACCCGCUGCCCCGGGCUGCGACAGCUGGACGUGUCGGGCGUGGAGGGGCUGCGUUCGGCGGACCUGGCGGUGGUACUGGACAGCUGUCCGCAGCUGGAGGAGCUGGACGUGGCCUGGUGCGAGGGGCUGAAGUCGACGUGCCUGCGUCAGUUGACCCGCUGUCCUCAGCUGCGGGAGCUGAGCGUCUUGUUUCUGAGUGAGCUUGACGCGGAGGACCUGGCGGCAGGCCUGGCCGGCUGCCCGCAGCUGGAGCGGCUGAGUGUGGCGGGAUGUGAGGACCUAUCGUCGACCUGCCUGCGUCAGCUGGUCCGCUGUCCCAAGCUGCGGAAGCUGGACGUGACGCGCAUGAAGAGCUUGCAGGCGGCAGACCUGGCGGCGGUGCUGGCCGGCUGCCGUCAGCUAGAGUGGCUGUCGGCCGUGGUGCUUCAGCCCCCGCUGGAGCUCUGCCUGCCGCCGGCCGGCCUACCCUCCCUCCGAUACCUGGACGUAUCCCGCUCCCAUGCGGUGACCGACGCGGCACUGCAGGAGCUGCCCGACCUGCUGCCAGGCCUGCACACGCUCAAGCUGGAAUUGUGUGGCAGGGUGACAGAAGACGGUCUGAGGUGCCUGUCCCGGCUGAAGGAGCUGCGCAUGCUCGACCUGUCCCAGCUGGAGUCGGCGACGGACGCCGUUCUGGACGAGCUGCACAGCCCCCGUCUGAGAGAGCUCAACUUGUUCUGCUGCCGCAGUUGUUCCGCAGCUGGUGUCGCACGGCUGGUGCUCGGCUGUCCCUCGCUGACCCUGCUCGGGUGGCGAGUCAAUGAUGUGACCCGCACCAGGUCCCUGAUCAACAGACUGACGCGCCAGCUGACCCUGGACCGCGACGUCACACUCGAAGUCUGGGAUCUGAAGGAUGUGCGCCGCCCACGAUCCGGCCCGCUCCGGCUGAGGUGACCCCGCACGGAGGGAGCGUCCAUGACCGCAGCCCGGUGCGCCGCCCCCGCCUGUCACCGGCCGACCAACGCACGCCGCCGCGCAGCGCCACGUGCGUGCUGCCCGCGCUGCCGCCAGCUCGUGCGGCACGGCCGUGCUGUGUCGGUGCGUGCUGCAGCCAUGUGCUGCCAGGGGCAGCUGGCGGGGGAGAGGCGUGUUGAGCAGCGUGUCUGUGCAGCCGGAGCUGUGCGGCGGUCAGUUGCUGACUGGCGGCUCGUUGGCGAGGUCUGACUGCGUCCCAGCCGGCCGCCGGUGGAGCGUUUGCACUGGGCCGCCCCCGGUUGGCGGGUGAGCCCGUGGCCGGCCGGUGUUUGGUCCGGACGCUCGUGUCACCGGGCCGUCCGCAGACUGGUCUGCUGUCGCCUGUGCUGGUCUGCUGUCGCCUGUGCUGGUCUGCGGGCCACCUUUUGGUCACACGCACGGGGCUACCGUAGCGUAUGGUGACGACGUUGAUAACAUUUGUCAUUGCUGUGCUGGAGAAGGUGCCAACUCAGAGCGCUUACUUGCACUCGUGCAUCGCGGCGGGAAACUCAAGCAGUGAUUUUUAUUUUAUUUUAUGUGUAUUUUCGAUUAUAGACAUGAAGCCAGUGUCCAUAAUCGAAGCGAUGCCAGUGUGUCGUUGGUAUGUAGGUAACACGAAAGGAGCGUUUGCUGUGGCCACGCUCUGCCAUUCCACGCCACGGGCUGGGUCAUAGAGUUACGUCCUUGUACUGCAUCGUGUUGUUUGUGGAGCAUCUACCAACGGACCGAGUUUCUGUCCUGAGUGACAUCCGGCCAUCUUCUAGUGGUAGGUACUUUGCUUCGGAGUUUGAUGGAUUCGUGUGCGUUCGCAGUUUUU